CCAGUCACUUGGCACCCAAGAACAGCAGCUUCGUUUCUCAUCUACUUCAGACAAAAGUUUAUGAGCUAUAAUUUAAAAGUAAUUGUGUGCACAACAAGGCAGUAAGAAAAACUUUCUGCUUAGCAGCCAUUUCGCGUUUACUUGCUGCCAAAGAGGUGCUACGGUCACACUGCCGCCUAGGACCAAACACAACACCAACACUGUUGCAUUCCAUUUACAGUUUAAACGGUGUUUUGUGCGCGUCGCUUUAAUUUCGGUUUGAUUGAAUUUAGCCAUUGAUGCGAUGGACACGCCAGGCCGCAAGCUGAGAAAUUUGCACAUGGAGAAUAUCCAGAACAGCAGCACGCCCAUCAACGUACCGCCCUCGCCGAUGCUGAAGACCCUGGGCCACGGCACUGGGAUCCGGGUAUAUCGCUUGGACCGCUCGCCCCGUCUCGGCGAAAUCCGUUCGCCAUGGGCCGUCAAGCGGAUCACGCAGAACAUGCGGGUCAAGAAGGACACGCUCUUCAACGAGCGGAUUGUCCACGAGGCCGAUAUCCUGCGCAAACUAAAGCAUCCAAAUAUCGUGGGAUUCCGAGGCGUUGUCACCAAUGACGAGGGCAUCAACACAUUGGCACUCGAAAUGUGCACCACUUCGCUGGGCUCCAUACUCGAGGAGCGACACGACGAGGAUCUCGGGCCGUUGCCGGCCAAAAAUACCUAUAAGAUGAUCAUGGACGUGGCCCUGGCACUAGAUUUUCUUCACAACAAAGCGAGUCUCCUGCACGGCGACCUCAAGUCCUUUAAUGUCCUGGUCAAGGGCGAGUUUGAGAUCUGUAAGCUGUGCGAUUUUGGAGUCUCUAUUCCUCUCGAUGAGCAGGGCGAGGUUAAUUUCCAAAAGAAUCCCGGACUGCGCUAUGUGGGAACUAGCCUCUGGUGCGCUCCGGAGGUUGUGGACGAAGUGGACGUCAUUGACAGCAAAGCAGACAUCUUCAGCUUUGGCCUGGUUAUCUACGAAACCCUUGCUCUGGUGCCUCCACAUACCUUGGAGCUGGACGCAGCACUUGGAGAGGAUAUGGACAAUUCCCACGAAUUACCCACCGACACGGAGAAGGUGCAACGCAAGAAGUUGGACUUCUCCAGCGAUGAAAGGAAAAACGGGUUACCUUCUGCAAUAGAAGAACAUACAGACAACGAUAUGAGUCACGACGACGAUGACGAGGAUGAUGAUGAGGAGGAGGAGGAGGAAGAAGAUGAUGACACCAAGGAGAACGACAUCUCCGACAUUACACUGAACAACCUUCAUUCCGCUUAUGGUACACGCCCACCAUUGCCAGUGGCCUUUCAGCUCAGCGACGAUUACAACUGCAUCGUGGAGCUGUUUUAUCUGUGCACAAAUGCUUUAAGCGAGGAUCGGCCAGCGGCCAAGACCAUUUGGCAGUGCCUGGAGAACAAUGCCGCAAAUGUUGCGACAGGAAGCGAUUAGACUGAUAAUCAUUCUCAGCCUCCGAAAUCCAUAAUUUUUGUCUUUAAUGUUAUUUGCUUAGAUGACUCAUUUUUGUUUUGAAUGUAAUGCUAUAAUUUCUACCCUGUAAGAAGAAACCAACUACGAUUAAAACCCCAAGUUCGCGAAUACACACUUGAACAAAUGUACAUAUUCAGCAAGCAGAAGAGUGGUCGAAUACCUAAUGAAACAAAAACUAUAUGGUUUCCAAUCUUUAAGAAUGAAUGCGAAAAGGCAAAAACUAAUGAAUAAACCGGUUUGCAGUUCGCAGUCUUAAAAAAGGAUCUAUGUAGGAUCUUGUUUGAUUAAAGUUCGGUUAAAAUAUUUGAACUGAUUUCUGUAAAAUAAGUAAGUCAAUAAAAUUGAAUUGAAAAGUAUUGCUUACAAAGGACUAAAUAAUGCGAGAACAAUAUAUAAUUUUGAACUUU